CGGUCACGUUGUCUCGGCCGGGCGGGCGGGGUUAAAUAGCGUCUGUGUGCCGCACACCGGCAGAUUAAACCGACUCAACGCAAUCUGUGGACACUGAGAGGAGCUGAGAACAUUUCACCUGAACGGACCAGGCUUUUGCUCAGACAACCACCGUCACCGUCACCGUCACCGUCCUGUCAUCGGUUCUCCCUCAGUCGUGAAGGGAUGCCCAGAGAGCUGACCCAGAACAGGAUCCAAAAGAUCUGGGUGCCCACCAAGGAUGACAAGCCGGCUCCCCGUAGAGCGGCCGGCGCCCCUCACUUCGCCAACCCCCCCACUGUCAUCGUCAUGGUGGGUCUUCCGGCUCGAGGCAAGACGUACAUGUCCAAGAAACUCACCCGCUACCUCAACUGGAUCGGAAUGCCCACCAAAGUCUUUAACGUGGGGGAGUACCGCAGGGAGGCGGUCAAGAACUACAGCUCCUAUGACUUCUUCAAGCCCGAUAACGAGUGUGCCGUGAAAAUCAGGCAACAAUGUGCCUUAGCAGCCUUGAGGGAUGUCAAGUCGUAUUUGAAGGACGAGGGAGGCCAAGUAGCGGUGUUUGAUGCCACAAACACGACAAGAGAAAGGCGAGACAUGAUCCUCCAGUUUGGCGGCGAGAACGACUUCAAGAUCUUUUUCAUCGAGUCCAUGUGCGACGAUCCCAGCGUCAUCGCCUCAAACAUCAUGGAAGUGAAGGUGUCGUGCCCCGACUACCGGGACUGCAACAAGAACGACGCCAUGUUGGAUUUCCAGAGGAGAAUUGAAUGCUACAAAACCAGCUACCAACCUCUGGACCCCGAUCAGUACGACAGGGAUUUCUCCUUCAUCAAAGUGAUAGACGUGGGUCGGCGUUUCCUCGUCAACCGGAUCCAGGAUCACAUCCAGAGUAAGAUCGUCUACUACCUGAUGAACAUCCACGUCCAGCCCCGCACCAUCUACCUGUGUCGGCACGGAGAGAGCACCGACAACGUGGAGGGGCGGCUGGGCGGUGACUCAGGCCUCUCGCCGCGGGGCAAACAGUUUUCAUCUGCCCUGGCCCGGUUUGUGGAGGAGCAGCAGCUGACGGAUCUGAAGGUUUGGACCAGCCAGCUAUGUCGCAGCAUCGAGACCGCGGAGCACCUGGGAGUCCCGUACGAACAGUGGAAGGCUCUCAACGAGAUAGACGCUGGGAUGUGUGAAGAGAUGACUUACGACGAGAUGAAGUUGAAAUUCCCGGAUGAGUUUGCUUUGAGAGAUGAAGAUAAAUACUACUAUCGCUACCCUGCUGGAGAGUCCUACCAGGACCUGGUCCAGCGGGUGGAGCCGGUCAUCAUGGACCUGGAGAGGCAAGAGAACGUCCUGGUUAUCUGCCACCAGGCCGUCAUGCGCUGCCUGCUGGCCUACUUCCUGGAUAAGAGUGCAGAGGAGAUGCCCUACCUGAAGUGUCCCCUCCACACAGUGCUGAAGCUCACCCCGGUCGCCUACGGGUGCAAGGUGGAGUCCAUCUCUCUGAAUGUGGAGGCGGUGAACACCCACAGAGACAGACCGGAGGAGGUGAGGAGGGGUCCUGGCACCUUGAUCCGGCGGAACAGUGUGACUCCUCUGACCAGCCCCGAGUCAAACAUCAAGAAACCUCGCAUUGACGAUCUGGACGAGGCUCCCAUCCAGGAGGUGCCGCCAUCCGUAGCCUCGCUGGCACUCUGCAGCCCCUCACACCUCCCCCUCGCCCUGGCCGGACAGAACCUGAGGAGAAACUCAUCUGGCCUCCGUGACGUCCUGCAGCCCUGCCAAUAGAAAUGCACCGAUGUUGUCACGUGGCUCAAAAGGACGGAAAGUGGAUCGCUGACAAAGGCUCACUGAACGUAAAACAAGGAGGAGUUAAAUCAAAGUUAUUUUUCAAAUUUUAUUUUAAAUGUUUUAUCAGCUAAGGACACAAAUAACCGUUCUUUUUAUUCUUCAAAAAGGAUCAUGAUAAUUGUAUUGCUGUCCUAUCAGAUAUUUCUGUUCAAAGACAUGUCAUUACGAAGCAAGACUCUUAAAUUCUCCCUUUCUUGCCAUUGUCAGAAAUUUUAUUUCUGUGUUUUCUGGGAAACCUUUAACGUCACGUGUAUAAUUUAUUCAGACUGAAAGAGGAGAGCUGUGACUCGUUUGAAUCGACAGUCAUUCCCGUUACAUCUGACAGCUCAGAUGGCUCUCUGGGAAAACCAAUUUCUACUGGUUUAUUAUUUUGGAGAGACCAAAGACCAACCCUCACGCCAAGGUCAAUUCUUUCAGCCCAUUCUUUUUUUUAAGUUAUGAUUGCACUGUUAUUUAAAAAAAAAAAAGGAUAUCGAUUUUGGUUUACAUUGUAAACUCUUUGGCACUUCUUCGGAAGCACUUUUGUUUUUAAUGCACAUUUCUUUCUUCUAAAAUGUGUGCAAAAGAAGACUAUAUGAUUUAAUCCUUUGUUAUUUGACACUAUAAAAUAAGCAAUUAUUUUGCACAGUUGGGAUACAUUUUUUUAUUUGUUUUUGUCUCACUAUGUAUUUUUCAUGUUACGGUAUGAAGGUGAUUUUUUUUGCCGUAGAGUGCCUGUAGUGCUUGCUUUGCAAGCCUGACGCCGCUUCUCUUGCCAUUUCUCUGGAAUCGUUUGCUCGAGAAGGGCCACCACGUUUAACCUAAUAACUCCACAUAUCAUCGUCGAUAUUUUACUUUUUACAGUUUGAAUAUUUAUUUUUAAGUGUGUAGUUUCAUUUGACAGAGUUCUUAAUUUUCAAGUUAAUUUCCCUUGAUGACCUUUUGCUGUCAUGCUACGCACAGAUGUAAGCACCUAUAUUUUUGUUAUAACAAUGUGUGCUGUUAAUAAUAAUGUAUUUGUAAAUGUGAGUGUACAUACAGUAUAACUGCAUGGGAGAUUACUUCCUUGGGAGUCUUUUAAUGAAAAUGUGCGCGUAGAAGUAUUUUUGUACUAAUGGAAGGCAAGGUCUAUGGGGAACGUAGCUGCUGCUCACCUCUCUCAGUAAAACUUUUGUUAACAUUUUUCGCUCGAGAUACUUGAAAAUUUGUUUUUUGUAAAAACUGUUUUAUUAUAUUCUUUAUUUAUUUGUAUGUAGUUUUGGAUGCUCAGAGCGAGAGGCACCUUGUUUUAAUCUGAGGACUAUGCAUGAGAGGACAGUAUGUUGUACAGUUGAUUUUGCAUCUGCUGGACCAAUAAAUUAACUCCUG